CGCCGCGGCCGCUCACCUCGAGAUCUCAGCGACUCGGUUAAACUCGAUACGACUCGAUAAAACUCGAUACGAUGUGUCGCGAGUUUCGUGUGCGGUGACGCGAUGCGGCGAUGCGCGCCGCGAUGAGCGCGCGCUCACUCCAAGCGCGCCGCGCGACUUUUAUGCUCAUCUUCCUAUUACUUAUGACACCUGCACGGCUCGAUCGUGCAAUGGCAGUGGACAGGCUGGAGAACGUCACACACACCAUUACAAGGAUACUAGACGGAUAUGACAUACGAUUGAGGCCCAACUUCGGUGGUGAGCCUUUGUUUGUGGGCAUGGACCUCACGAUCGCUAGCUUUGAUGCCAUCUCAGAAGUUAAUAUGGACUACACAAUAACUCUAUACCUGAAUCAGUAUUGGAAGGAUGAGAGGCUAGCCUUUGGAUUCCGGGAUGAGGUGCUUACCCUCUCUGGAGACUUCGCCGAUAAAAUUUGGGUUCCGGACACGUUCUUCGCUAAUGAUAAGAAUAGCUUCCUCCACGACGUGACGGAGCGGAACAAGCUGGUGCGUCUGGGCGGUGACGGACGCAUCACAUACGGGAUGCGGUUCACGGCGACGCUGGCCUGCAUGAUGGACCUCCACUACUACCCGCUCGACAGCCAGAACUGCACCGUCGAGAUUGAAAGCUAUGGCUACACGGUGUCGGACGUGGUGAUGUACUGGAAGGAGACUCCGGUGCGGGGGGUGGAGGACGCCGAGCUACCCCAGUUCACCAUCAUGGGCCACAUUACUAACGACAGAAAGGAGAAAUUAGCAACAGGGGUCUACCAGCGGUUGUCUCUGAGCUUCAAGCUUCGUCGCAACAUCGGCUACUUCGUGUUCCAGACCUACCUGCCGAGUAUACUGAUCGUGAUGCUGUCCUGGGUGUCCUUCUGGAUCAACCAUGAAGCCACGUCUGCGAGAGUCGCUUUAGGUAUAACCACUGUGCUGACGAUGACGACAAUCAGCACGGGCGUCCGCAGCAGCCUCCCGCGCAUCUCCUACGUGAAGGCGAUCGACAUAUACCUGGUGAUGUGCUUCAUAUUCGUGUUCGCGGCGCUGCUGGAAUACGCCGCCGUAAACUACACGUACUGGGGCGCGCGGGCGCGGAAACGAGCCAAGUUAAAAAACCAGAUGUCCGCUAGUACGAGCGUAGAGAAGGAUAUUAAGAGCUCCUGUGGCAGCCGUUCGCCCGAGGAGAUCAUAGCCCUCAAGGAGUGUGUGAACAGCGGUCGCGUGUCCCCGCUGCCAAGUCUACGCACUCGGCCGCUACAGACCACGGCCGGCGCGCCCUCGCUGCGCCUGCAGCGAGAACCCACUAACAUCCGCUACAGAACCCGACCGCAGUCCCGCACAUCAAGGACCAGUUCAGUGGGAAAGCCCAAGGUCAUUCACGCCCUGCGUCGAGGGGCGACCGUCAUUAAAGCCUCUAUGCCCAAGAUAAGAGAUGUCAACGUCAUCGACACUUACUCCCGAGUCAUCUUCCCGAUCUGCUUCGCCGUUUUCAACGCCGUCUAUUGGACGUUCUAUGUCUUCGAUUAGGAUUGCUGAAAUGCACGUGCCAAAAAUAUUAUCAUGUUUAUUGUAAAUAUUAUUAA